AUGUCAGCUGAUAAAUCUAUUCGUCAAUAUUUUCAUCAAUUAACUAAUGGUUGUGGAAAUAAUCAAUGUUCAAAUGUGUAUUGUCGAUCAUGUUCAACAUGUGAAUAUGAUGAAAAAAUGUUAAAUGAUCCAAAUAAAGUAGCUGCUGAAGCCAUUCGACUUUGUGGUAAACAUGCACAAUUAUGUAUUGAUAAAAAUAUGUUAAAAACGAAUAUAGAAGAAAUAAAAAUAAGAAAUUUAACAGAAGAUUAUCUUCAUGAAUUAAUUGAACAAUGUCAAAAAACAGCUGAUUGGAAUUUAUUAAGAGACGAAAUUGAUAUCAUAUUUUCUAAUCGAUUAAAUUUAUCAACUAGUUUUUUAAAAAAAGAAUUCUUAGAAAAUAUAUCAAUUAAGAAAGAAUCUUCUUCAAAUAGUACAACAUCAAAAAGUUUGUUUAUAAAUGAUCCACGUAUUACAUUGGACAAUGAUGAAAUUACAUUAGAUAUUGAUAUUAUGAAACGUUCGAUAAAAUUAUUAGUUUUAUAUGACGAUGAAAUAUCUUCAACAAUUCAUACAUCAUUAGAUAUAUUAUUAAAUGAAUUAUAUUGUGAAUUAAAAUCAUCGAAACAAAAUGAACUUGAAAUGGACGCAAAUUUUUUUAAUUUAUUUUUUAUUAUUUUUGAAUUAUCAUUUCUUUCUGAUCCAAUUUUUCUCUUUGACAUUGCUCGAUUAUUUUAUUCAAUUUUGACAAAUUUAUCUAUUGAAGCACAAGCAAAAUUUGUACGUCUUCUAUCGAAACACGCAACAAAUCUGACUGAUUAUAUUUCACAUGUACAACAAUAUAUUACAAUGCAUACUUUACGUUGGUGUGAUCAUACAGAUAUUAAGUCCGACAGUGAAGAACUUCUAUCAAGUGAACCAGGGAUGAAAGAAGGACUCGAUGUAUUACGUAUGCUAUUCUAUGCUAAUCUUUUGCGUGGUAAACGUGAUACAUUGAAUAUUAUAGAAACUGAAUAUGACAAUGAGGCAAAAAUGGAAAUUGAAUUAGUUAAACGUCGUCAACGACGUACUGAUGAUACUAAUAAUAGUGAAAAUCCAACGACAAACGAACAACAAUCGACUGGUGAAAGUACCACAGAAGCCUCAGCAACUUCGACAACUACAUCAAGAACACGUAGAUCAACAAAUGCAAAUAGUGAUAGUGAAUCUCCCUAUGAAAAUAAAUUGCAAUUAAAACUUGAUAUUGAACCAAAUGAAUAUCGACAUGGUCAAUAUUCAUUUGAUACAUUUGUUAAUGAAUUUGCCAAUGAAAAGGUCGAAAUAAGAAAAGAAUAUUUAGAUUUUAUUCAAAAACCAUUAAAUAUUACUGAAUUUUCAUUUAUUUUCUAUCCAUUUUUUCUAUCGACAAUAAAUAAAAUAGCAUUACUUAAUAUUGAAAAUAAAGCACGAAUGUAUUUUCAACGACGUUCAGUACUUAUGCAUAAUAUAUUUAGUAUGAUUCCUAUAAAUCCUUAUUUUAAAUUAUGUGUUCGUCGUGAUCAUUUAAUCGAAGAUGCUCUAAUUUCGCUCGAAUAUCAAGGUAUUGAACAACCAUAUGAACUUAAAAAACAAUUAUUUAUCGAAUUCGAAGGUGAACAAGGUCUUGAUGAAGGUGGAUUAUCAAAAGAAUUCUUUCAACUUAUCACUGAAAAAAUCUUCGGUCCCGAAUAUGCUAUGUUUAUGACAAAUGAAGAAACAAAUUGUUUAUGGUUUAAUCCAUCAGCUGCGGAAGAUCUUGAUCGUGAAUAUACAUUGAUAGGUAUAUUAUUAGGUUUAGCUAUAUAUAAUUCAAUUAUUCUUGAUAUUAAAUUUCCACCUGUUAUUUAUCGUAAAUUAAUGGGUAAAAUUGGUACGUUUGAAGAUCUUGAAACAUCACAUCCGACAAUAUAUAGUAGUUUAAAAAAACUAUUAACAUUUGAUGAAGAAAAAGAAGGUAUGACUAUUGAAGAUGCAUUUGGUUUAACAUUUCAAGUUGCUAUUACUGAUGUAUGGGGUUCACAAAUAAUAUUUGAUUUAAAAGAAAAUGGUGCAGCAAUAUCAGUUACAAAUAUUAAUCGAGAGGAAUUUGUUCGUCUUUAUAGCGAUCUUUUAUUAAAUAAAAGUAUCGAAAAACAAUUUCAUCCUUUCUUUCAUGGAUUCUUAUUGGUAACACGUGAUAGCUCAUUACGAAAAUUAUUUCGACCCGAUGAAAUUGAAUUACUUGUUGCUGGUAGUCAAUUACUUGAUUUUAAUCAACUUGCUUCAGCUGCUACUUAUGAUGGUGGUUAUACAAAAGAUAGUCCAACAAUUCAAAAUUUUUGGAAAGUCUUAAUGAAUUUUACUGAUGAACAAAAACGAAAAUUUCUACGAUUUACUACUGGUAGUGAUCGUGCUCCUAUUGGUGGUUUAGUUAGAUUAAAACUAAUUAUAUCUCGUAAUGGUCCUGAUGCCGAUCGUCUGCCAACUUCUCAUACAUGUUUCAAUGCUCUUCUUCUGCCUGAUUAUUCAUCAAUUGAGAAAUUACGAGAAAAACUUUCUAUUGCAAUUGAUAAUGCCGAAGGAUUUGGAUUACGCUAA